AUGGUUGUCUUCAGCAAGGUUGUCUCAGCGGCUGUCGGCCUCGCCGCCGUCGCUUCUGCGGUGCCCACAUCCAACCCUCGCCAGGGCUUUACUCUCGACCAAAUUCUAAGCCCAAAGUCCAGCCAGGGUAUCAACUUCCCAAAGAUGUACGGGAAAACAUUGGCUAAAUACGGCGCCCCCAUUCCUGAUCGCCUCCGAGAUGCUGAGGGUCAUGGUACCGCUGUGACCACUCCCCAAGAGUACGACAUCAUGUAUCUGACUCCAGUCGAUGUCGGUGGCACAAAGUUGAAUCUGGACAUCGACACAGGAUCUGCAGAUCUAUGGGUGUUUUCCGACAAGCUUCCAGCUGAGCAGCAGAAGGGCCAUAGUGUCUACAAGCCUUCCGAUCAUUCUAAGAAGCUGGACGGUUACAGUUGGGAAAUUUCGUAUGGUGAUGGUAGCAGCGCAAGCGGUGAUGUCUACAAGGAUACCGUUACACUUGGCGGAAUUACUGCACAAGACCAGGCAGUUGAAGCCGCUUCUAAGAUCAGUGACCAAUUCGCCCAGGACGAGCACAAUGACGGUCUGCUCGGCCUAUCAUUCAGCUCCAUCAACACUGUUGAACCUAAGAGUCAAACCACCUUCUUUGAUACCGUCAAGUCUCAGCUCGACACUCCUGUCUUCGCUGCAGCGCUCAAGUACCACCAACCCGGAAGCUACGACUUUGGUUUCAUCGACCACGCCAAAUACAAGGGCGAGCUCGCCUACGCGGACGUGGACAAGUCCCAGGGAUUCUGGAUGUUCUCAGCUGAAGCCUCCGGAAUCAAGUUCGACGCAAUCGCCGAUACUGGUACCACCCUCAUAAUGAUCGACCCCCUCAUCGUCAUCCAGUACUACCUCCAAGUGCCCGGUGCCAUCGACAACAUUCUAGUAGGCGGCUGGACCAUCCCCUGUGACGCCGAUCUCCCCGACUUCACCAUCGACAUCGACGGCUACAAGGCUGUCAUUCCAGGCAAGCACGUCAACUACGCCCCCGUGACCGACGGCUCCAACACCUGCCUUGGUGGUAUCCAAGACAACCUGGGCAUGCAGUUCUCCAUCCUCGGAGACAUCUUCCUGAAGAGCCAAUAUGUCGUUUUCGACGACGAGGGUCCUCGUCUUGGAUUUGCGCCUCAGGCUUAA